GUCCUGGGAAGGCUGUAAACUGAGGGAGACUCAGCGUUUUUCUUAUUUGGCUUCUUCCCUGUAAAUUUGGACAAACCUGCUCUUCCUGCAAAUUGUUUAGUGGAACCAAAUCCCUUCCUGUCUCAUUCUGAGAGAACAGAGCAGACUGAAAGUUCAUUCUACUCACUUGCCGAAAGACGACACAUAUUUUCCACCAGGGGGUUUUAUGCGUUGGCUAAAUGAGACACUUUCACUGAAACACUCUGUUCUCUAAUGCCAUAGCAGCUGAGAUGAACCACUUUCGCUCUGACAGUGAGAGAGAGAGCAAGAGAAAGACAGUAAUGUAAUCAUGUUGCAGCUGACCUCUGUAUUGCUAGUGUUUCCCAGUUGGAUGUCACAGGUCUGAUGUUUGUUAAGUUAAUAUUUUCUGUAAUGGUACGUAUUAAACUUUUGUAGACUUUUGUAAAGUGUGUGUGUGUGUGUGUGUGUGUGCAUUUUGGACUGUAGCAGCUUGGCUCGCAUAUGUAGGCGAGUCCAGCCUGGCUCCUCCCUGCCCCUCCCCUCCCUCUCUCUUCUCUCCCUCUCUCCUGAAACACAUGAGCUGGGAGAGACAGAGAGGCAGCCAAACUAGAGCUGGAGCCAAAGGCAGAGAGGCUGACGAAGGAGAGAAGAGUUUUCACAGAGCGAGGGACACACUGCAAUUCUGGGACUUCACAGAAGGAGGAAAGUCUCACUAAAUCCCUGUGCCAUUUAGCCUGCCACACACGCUCAUAAGAUAUUUAUUUGUUUUCACAGCACGUUUGGUGGCCAGUUAAAGAAGCCUCACAAGAAGCCAUGGAGACCCCUGGCAAGAAACAAGCCGUCUCUCCUACCCGCAUCACCCGUCUCCAAGAGAAGGAAGACCUGAGCAACCUCAAUGACCGGCUGGCUGUGUAUAUCGACAAGGUCCGUUCGCUGGAGGUGGAGAAUGCGGGACUGCGCCUCCGCAUCACCGAGUCGGAGACCGAGGUCAGCCGCGAGCUGUCCGGCAUGAAGGCCGCAUACGAGGCCGAGCUGGCCGACGCCCGCAAGACCCUGGACACCGUGGCCAAGGACCGGGCGCGGCUGCAGCUAGAACUGGGCAAGGUGCGUGAGGAACACGCCGAGCUGAAGGCCAGAAACACCAAGAAAGAGUCUGAACUGGGGGGCGCUUUAGCCCGGCUGAAGGAUCUGGAGGCCCUUCUCAACUCCAAGGAUGCCUCCCUGACCACAGCCCUGGGAGAAAAACGCACCCUGGAGGCCGAACUUCGGGACCUGAAGGCUCAGCUGGCAAAGCUGGAGGCCAGCCUGGCCGAUGCCAAGAAGCAGCUGCAGGAUGAGAUGCUGCGGAGGGUGGACGCAGAGAACCGCAUCCAGACCCUGAAGGAGGAGCUGGAGUUUCAGAAGAACAUCUACAGCGAGGAGCUCAGGGAGACGAAACGGCGGCACGAGUCGCGCAUGGUGGAGAUCGACAGCGGGCGGCAGCAGGAGUUGGAGAGCAAGCUGGCCGAGGCUCUCACGGACAUGCGUGCCCAACACGACCUGCAGCUCCGCCUGUACAAGGAAGAGAUCGAGAAGACCUACAACGCCAAGCUGGAGAACGCGCGGCAGUCGGCUGACAGGAACAGCCACCUGGUGGGAGCAGCGCACGAAGAGCUGCAGCACAUGCGCGUGCGUCUGGAGACCAUGUCCGCCCAGCUCAGCCAGCUGCAGAAACAGCUGGCCGCACGCGACGCCAGGGUGCGUGAGCUGGAGGAGACGCUGUCCCGGGAGAGGGACGUUCUGCGCCGCCGUCUGGAGGAGAAGGAGCGGGAGAUGAGCGACAUGCGCCAGCGCAUGCAGCAGCAGCUGGACGAGUACCAGGAGCUGCUGGACAUCAAACUGGCCCUGGACAUGGAGAUCUGCGCCUACAGGAAGCUCCUGGAGGGAGAGGAGGAGAGGCUGCGUCUGUCCCCCAGUCCACCCCCGACUCGGGUCCCAGUGACCCGCAGGACGGGUUCAGGGACACGUGCCGUCAAUACCAGCGGCCAUAGCUCCUCUGGAAAAAAACGCCGUCUCAAUGACAAUGACAGUGAGACCUCCAGUAUAGCAGGUGGCGCUGUUGCACGUACCCGAAUCAUGCAGCAGGCUUCUGCUAGUGGCCGUGUCACUGUGGAUGAGGUAGACCUGGAGGGGAAAUAUGUCCGGCUCAGCAACAGAGCUGACCAGGACCAGCCAAUGGGCCACUGGCAAGUGAAGAGGCAGGUUGGGUCACAGACCGCCAUAGCCUACAAGUUCCCUCCGAAAUUCACCCUGAAGGCUGGACAGGCUGUUACAAUUUGGGCAUCAGGGGCCGGCGGCACUCACAACCCUCCCUCUGACCUGGUGUGGAAGUCCCAGAACUCCUGGGGCAGUGGGGACCAGUUCCAGACCACCCUGAUUACUGCCAACGGAGAGGAAAUGGCGAUGAGGAAAGUCACGCGUACACUGUUUCAGGAUGAGGAUGAUGAUGAUGACAUGGCGGCUCACAGCAGCUGUGGGGACGGCGAGUACAACCUGCGCAGCCGCACGGUGAUCUGCGGGUCCUGCGGCCAGCCCUCGGACAAGACCAGCGCCGGCUCCGUGACGGCCAGCUCAGGGGUCUCCAGCGUCUCCCGCUCGGCCCGGAGCAGCGGGGGGGGUCUCCCUGAGGGCGUGGUCCCCCACUCCUUCCUGAUGGGAAACAACAUGCCCCGACAGAGUGGCCCCAGACCGGAAAACUGUGCCAUCAUGUAAACUCAGGACAGCGCCACCUGUAGGAGAUGGACGGAAAACCACCUUUUUCUACACAUGGAAGGAGCAUCUCUAUUUCUCUAUCUAUAUAUUGUGUUUAAGAGACUUUUAUUUAAGUCUUAUUUUUUACAUCAUAAUCUGCAGAUAUUUUUAUAUAUAUGAGUAUUUAGUAGGUUUUACUUAACUUGCUUAAAUGUGGCAAUAAGCUUGGCACUGCAGAUGUUUACCAAAUAUAUAUAUAUAUAUAUGGUGGGAUAUGAUGCAGCAGAGGACCCAUUAGCCACCAGAUGCUUUUAAAACAGUCUCAGUCAUGGAGUGAAGGAGUGGUGGAGAGGAGGCACUGCCAUGCACAGCAGUUUGUUUCACCCUGCGGUUCAAUGUCUCAGAUCUUUGCUGUCAUUACUGGUCACGCCCAGGUUAGGAACCCUGAACUGAAUCAAACUACUCUGUGCUUGGGAGAGAGCCUGUCACCCUGGCAUACUGCUUAUCCCAGUGAAUGUCAACUCUUCAACAUAAAUCAACAACAGAUGCACAACUGUAAGAAAUUAUAGUAGGGAUGUUUAUCUUUUAACAUUAAACUUCAAGACAUAAGUGUUCAUUUUCCCUUUUUGGAUGGGAUAUACAUUUUAUUAUUCACUGUUAAGUUAAUACUUUUAACCUAUGCACUAAAAUGCUCCCAGUUCAGAGUAGUACUAAAUUAUUCAGCAUUUCACUGGUGGAAAUGCAUGAAACGUUUUUGUAACAGAAUAGAUCUGUGAUGGUUCUGUGUGGAAAAUCUAUUUGUCAUGGGAACAGUCUUACAGAAUAAGGAAUUUAGCUCAGAAGUGUAUAAUUUGCAUUUUAGAAUUUGACCCCAUGUACAAUUAAUCUUAGAUUCCAAAUGCAAAAGCAUGCACUGCAACCCCUCACAUUACUUAUAUUUCAUGUUAGUAAAAAGUAUUAUUUUUAAAAUUGAAUGGUUUACUACGCGUUUGUACAAAGUUGCAUAACUGCAUAACUGCAGAUUAAUUGAAAUUAGACUCAUCCAUUAGCUUUUGUUGUGGGGUAGUGAAAUUGUUAAAUGAUUGGGCAAUGUUGUUGGUCUAAGAUUAUGGCAGCUUUAUGUGGGCUCUUUAGUGAUAGUUUCAUGCACAAAGUUUAAAGUGACACUAAACCUGUAACAUUUGAGAUGGCAAAAAUGCAAGGAUUUUCAAGGCUAAUUUAUAUAGAGACUAUUGUCUCUGAAAUUAUAUAUUUUUGUAAGGUCUACAAAAUGAAUUUUGUUAUCAAAUAGAGACAAUAAUUUAUUUCUGCCCUCAGUAGAUUAGUACAGUAUGUUGCCAUACCAAAGACAUUUAUUUAAGUUUCUGAAAAUAUGAAAUGAUAUCAAUGAAAAUCAUAUGCGCUGUACAAUGGACAUUUCACUCCAUUUUUGAACCUGACCCACUUCUCCGAUGACAGUGUUGAUUGUCAAGUGUUGUUCACAAUACUCUCUCCUAUAGCUGUUCUCAAAUAUUGUUCUCAAGCUUCUUGUUUGCUUUGAACUGUAAGUUCUGUGGGGGCAAAAUAAAUUAGGGCACAUCAUUUUUUCUAAAACCGUUCCAUUAGAUCAUGAUUGUGGAUAUUAUACAUUAUAGAAAAACACACAGAAUAGUUUUUUCAAAAAUAUAUUUUCCUGAUUACUUGAGCUUGAUGCUUUUUGGUUGAUGACAAUUUUAUUAACAAUAGACAGUUUUACAAAUUGAAGGAUAAUAAUCAACUGAAGUGUGUCACCAUAUUUAUUUUAACAUCAGUUUUUAAAUGUCAUGUGGAUGUGGUGCUUCACUGUUAGGUCUCUAAGUACAAAAUGGAAUUGAAUUCAGCAGGAGUUGUGCAAUGCUGCCACUGAAGGCUUAAAGAUGAACUGUACUGUAUAUUCUCCUAUACUUAUAUGAAUGGUACCAGUUCCAAUGUCUGAUUGAGACUGUUCUUUUCAUAAAAUUAACCAAAGACAAAUUUACUGAAAGACGUUUUGUCCGAAGUAACAGCUUAAAUGUUUCCUUGGUUUCAUACAUUGCAUUGAAUGUAAAACAAAAAAUGAAUAAAUGCUUUCCCCCACAAA